UUCUAUUGAACUUUUAUGUUCCGGAACGAAAAAAUAUAAUUCAGUGUAAAAAUAAAAUAAACAAAUUUUUAAACGAAAGAAAACAUACAAGAACUCUUAAUAAUGUUCGAAAAGUUCGGAAAAAGGAUGGCACGAUGACUGCUAUUAUCAUUACAAAUCUCAAUAUAAACAAUAAAUACAAAUAAGUUGAAUUUUUGCUGUUUUGUUCAAGAGAAAUUCUUCUGGUGCCUUGAAACUACAACGGUGCAGAAAAAAAAACAAUCCUUUGGAGUAUUCGGAUUAUAACGAUAUGGUCCAAUUUGACCAGGAUAAAUCGACACAAUGUGCCGUUUAUGAUCAAACACCAGAUUCAGAGCAAAAAAAGAUCAAUAUUGUUGUACGUCCUGCCCACACGGUUGCUAAAGUGAUUAGCGAUAUUAAAACGCAAUAUCGUUACGAUAGCUUUGAACUAGUCCUACAGCCCAUAUCGGGUAAAGAUUUGGUUUAUUUAAAUGAACGUAGCACGGAAUUAAUUUAUGAGGUGGAUGGUUUUGAACCAAACGAAAAAAAUAUUCUAAUACUUAUACCGCAAGGCAAGUGGAAUGGUGACGUUAAGACGCGCUAUGAAUUUGGAAAACCCCUAAGAAAGACCCUAACAAAUGGUAUUGUCACCCCAAAGAAGAAAUCACCCACAAAAACUGUGGUCAAACAACAGCAGCCAGAAGAACCAUCAGUAGACACAGUAGAUUUUGCCAGAAACACAAUUGAAACAACAUCAUCACGGGAAGUUUCCUCCCACUUCGAAGAACAAGCAGAUUUUGCAAUUGCCCAACAAAAGACCGUUGAAACUAAAACCAGUACUACAAUAUCCCCCAAUUCGGAAAGAAUUACAGAAGAGAAGAAAUCCCUGAGAGAGGAAAUAAUUGUGAGCAGCACCUCGGCAGCAUUAUCAGAUCAGGCCCCCAAAACUAAUGCAACACAAACAACACUGGCCAAUUCCUCUUCUUCGUCUUUAGUAUCAGGAGAAGUGAUUACCUUGAGUAACAGAACCAUAACAACAUCGAGCAUACAAGAAUCAUUGGAGGAAAGUUUUAUAGCUGUAGAAGAGAAAACAACAACCAUUGAAAUGUCUUUGGAAGGUGCGGCCCCCCUUACCGGGGAACUAAGUGAAACAACAGUUACCAUCCCAAAAGUUGUGAAAAAGUCAUCACCUUCGAAAACUAAAAAAAUCACAGAAACUGGCGAAGAUGGCGUGACCACCGUCGUCGUGGUUAAGAAAACAACGAAGGUUAAAAAAUCUGAAGAAACCAAUGGAGAUGGUACAACGAAGACCACCACAACAACUGUUAAAAAGAAAUCACCCUCAAAAUCUAAGGCAGCAUUGGCCGAAGCUGGAGCGACAACGGGAGGGACAACAGUUGUUAAGAAGAUCAUUAAAGUGAAAAAGACCUCACCGGCAAAAACGGCCAAAUCAACCAAUGGGGAAUCAGUGUCCGCCGAAACAUCAACAACAACAUCAACCGCAACAACGACUUCUUCCUCCACACCCAUAACUGAAGAACCACAGGCAGUGGUGUCCAGCAUACCAACACCGCCACCUCCUCCACCACCACCACCAGCCACACCUUUAUCACCACCAGCCCCAGGUCCGGCGAAGACCAAAACUGUUAUCAAAAAGAAAAUUGUGAAAAAAGUCAAUGCCAUUGAACGCAAAGUUACGGCCGAACAAGAUGAUACGGUCAGUACAACUGAGAACAAUGAAUUGCCAGAGCAACCAACGCCCAAUCUAAUGGAAAUAACCAAUGGCAUAAAUGACUUAAAUCACCACGAUGCAGGUCUAUCACCGCCCUCAUCGAUGACCACAGUGACAAAUGCCACAAAUUCGGAUUCAUUGAAUUUGAGUCCCAUGUCUGAACCAGAUCCUCUUUCAGAUGAUGAUUUAGCUUUAGGUGCCUCAGCCAGUCCCACAGAAACCGAUCCCAUGCAAUGUAGUGGCGAUUUGUCUCUGGAUGCCUCAACGACGGUGCCCACAUCAAAUUAUAAAAUUAACUUUAACAAUGAUAGUACUGCCGUGCCGUUUAAGCUGAGACCACCCAUGGAGGCAAUUGCCGCCAUUGCUCCACCCACCAACAAUGGCUAUGUGGGUUUGGUAAAUCAGGCCAUGACUUGUUAUUUGAAUUCGCUACUGCAAGCCUUGUAUAUGACACCGGAAUUUCGUAAUGCCUUAUAUCGUUGGGAGUUCGACAAUGACAAUGAGUCCAGCAACAUACCCUAUCAGUUACAGAAAUUGUUUCUAAAUUUGCAAACAUCGAAAAAAUCUGCCGUUGAGACCACCGAUCUGACACGUAGUUUUGGUUGGAAUUCCUCGGAAGCCUGGCAGCAACAUGACAUUCAGGAACUGUGUCGUGUCAUGUUUGAUGCCCUCGAACAUCGUUUCAAAAAUACCAAACAAGCCAAUCUCAUUUCGAAUUUGUAUGAGGGCAAAAUGAUCGAUUAUGUCAAGUGUUUGGAAUGCAAUACGGAAAAAACCCGGGCCGACACAUUUUUGGAUAUACCACUGCCUGUCAAGCCUUUUGGCAGUCAAGUUGCCUAUGGCAGCAUUGAGGAGGCCCUGAGUGCUUUUGUCCAGCCCGAGACAUUGGAUGGCAAUAAUCAAUAUUUCUGCGAAAAAUGUAACAAGAAAUGUGAUGCCCACAAGGGAUUGAAAUUCAAAAACUUCCCAUAUAUUUUGACUUUGCAUUUGAAACGUUUCGAUUUUGAUUAUACCACCAUGUAUCGCAUUAAGUUGAAUGACAAAGUCACUUUCCCACAAAUACUUAAUCUCAAUGGGUUUGUGGAAACAAACGAAACAGCGGCAGCUACGGCGGCGGAAGUCACAUCCAAUUCAAAUGGUGUGGAUGACUGCAGUACCACAGACAGUGGUUCGGCCAUGGAUAUGGAGGACAACUGGAGCAGUGGUGUUGUGACCACAGCCAGUUCAAUAACACAAAACGAAACCGACAUCAAUGAAGAUGAUCUGGAUGAUGGCAUUGAUUUGCACUCCAAUACCGAAAACAUUAGGAAUCGUGUCAAUAGCGAUCAGAAUAUUAAACAGCAUUUGGGUCCAUUCACCUAUGAAUUAUUUGCCAUAAUGAUUCAUUCCGGAAGUGCCUCGGGUGGACAUUACUAUGCCUACAUAAAGGAGUUGGACAAUAAUGAGUGGUUUUGUUUCAACGAUCAAACGGUGUCGCCUAUAACCCAAGAAGAUAUACAAAAGUCAUUUGGCGGUGGCAUUGGCAAGGCCUACUAUUCCAGUGUAUAUAGCUCAAGUACGAAUGCAUACAUGCUUAUGUAUCGACAAGUCGAUGAGAAACGCAACGAAAAAUCCAUGAAGGCCGAUGAAUUCCCCGAACACAUAAAGAAACAUUUGGAAAAAUUGAAAGAGGAGGAGGAAAAUCGUGUCACCCGUGGCAGCUAUCGCCAUCGUCCCAUUGCUGAUCUGUCGCUGAAUGAACAAAUCAAACCCCGCGUCUAUUUCUAUAAUCCACAAUUGAAGAAACUUAAAAUGACCCGCGUCUAUGCAUCUCAGAACUUGGAUUUAAAUGCUGUCCUAGAUUCGGCCUAUAGCAUGUUAUCGGUACAGGAUUUUGCACCAAAAUCCCACUGUCGUCUGGUGGGCUAUGAUCCACCGGCUGAGAAGAUUAUACGUUCCUUUGAGAACCAAAAGAAUUUGUCAUUGACCGAAAUUCGAUCGGGCAGUGAAGAUCCUGUUGAAUUUCUCCUGGAAUAUCGUAGCGGGGAUCAAGAAUUUGAAAUCUAUGAGCCAGGCGGUACGACAUGGUAUGUGUUUGUGGUGAAACUGAAUACCAUGGAAAUGGAUGGUCCCUUCUUUGUGUACUCCAAUACAUUUGAAAACAAUGAGACAUUACGUCACUCAAUUGCGGUGCGUCUAAAUCUUAAAGAAGCAGAUAUUAUGGUGGCCACCACUCAACGUUAUAAGAAGGCAUUCGUUAGCUGUGACGUUGCGCCCUCCAAAGAGGCCCAACAACGUCUGGAAGAAUUGGCACGAGCUCAAUUCAAAGAUGUUACCUAUAUGUAUGUGAAUGUUCCAAAUACAGAUCCCGCCAAUUUGGAAAUUGUUGGUAUUCCAUCAAAUGAGUUGGUGGCAGAGCAAAACGAUCCCACGCAGCAACAACAACAGCAAAACCCGUCCAAUGGCAAUGAUAACAAACUGUCAAAUGGUUUCCACCAUGAAUGCAAUUCCGAAGAUAGUAGUUUGAGUGAUGGUGAUCGUACCCUAGUCGAAAAUCUACAUCAACGCAGCAGUAGUGGUGCCGGAGGUGCUACUGGCAGCUCUGCUGCUGGCCUUGGCGGUGGCGAUAGUCAAAUAUCCAGUACUAGUCACUCUCCCCAAUUGUCAAGUCCCGAAGAUGAAAACAACCAGGAAUCAUACAAUAGCAUUUAUACCUACUACAACAGCUAUUUACAUGGUGAAAAUGGUGAUGCGGAUGUUCCCGUGCAACACGCGCCUCGGUUUUUCCAUGCCAUCAAAUUGGAUGUUUUGGAUACGGUAACCGUGUCCACCAAACAUCAGUACUCUGACGCAACAGAUGGUGCUGACGAGAUGGCCCGCAAACCCGUUGUUUCCUAUAAGAUCCUUGUGGAUUCUCACAUGAAAUUGAGCAAAUUCAAAGAACACUUAGCCCAUCUAAUUAAGGUUCCAGAAAAUUACUUUGAAAUUAAUCGCAAACAUGAUAAGAGUUUGAAAAGUCUUAUGAACCAAUCACUGGUCUACUUCAGUGAGGGUGAAACGUUGUCGGUGGAGUUGGGCAAAGAACUGCAAGAGGGCGAACAUAAAGCGAAAAUUUACUUUAUGCGUUUAUCGGACAUCACCAAUGACACAGCCAGACUGCCAUGUGUAUGUGAAUGGAUAUACACAGAUGCAAUGAAGGUGCCGGCAGCAAAGGCGGCAUUAAUACAAAAAUUGCAACGCAUUGAUCCGCUCAAGUAUAAAACGCUAAACAUGAAUAACUGUCGUUUGUGGCUGAAGGGUGGACGUAGUCCCAUAAGCAUAUUUUCCGAAGAUGAUACAAUCGGCUGUGAAAUAAGAUCAUCAUCGGCAAUUGAAUUUUUCGUGCAAGAAUGUGAGGAUGGUGUACAACCCCAGGUUUCGGAUACAAGUCUAACGAUAUUUGUUCGUCGUUGGCAUCCGGACACCCUGAAAUUGGAGAAAUUCCAAGAAAUUACUUUAGAUAAGGACAGUGAAAUACGCAGUGCUUUAUCCAAACUCUCAAGUAUACCUGUUGACAAUGUUGCUUACACAAAGGUUAAUGGGCAUUUCCCCUACACAAAUGUAUCUCUGCUCACCAUUAACAGUGCAAUGAACUGGUUUGCCAUACCAGCUACCUUGGAAAAUUAUCCCCUGUCCAGUACGGUUAGUGGUAAUUUAUAUUUCUACAAGGAUGCAACUGUUGAACCCAAGGAACUAACGCCCGAGGAGCGAAGAGAAAUGAACGCCAAGGAAAAUGUACGAUUAGAUAAUUUGGGAUGUGUUUCAUCGUCAACGUCACGCUAUUCUCGUCGUCACGAACGUGCUUUAAAAAUCUAUUUGGACAGUCCAACCACAACAGCUUCUCCACCCGUUGAUGCCAACAGUUCAAUGGCCGAUGAUAUUUAAUGUGGGCGGGAGUUUUCAUUAUUUUCUAAAGAGGACAACGGCUUGGCGACACACACACACACACACGUUACUCGAUGAACUAACUGUGGCCAGGCAUAUGUAGUCAAUGAAUGGUGUAGUGAUAAUGGACGACACGUAACGUUUGAAUCGUUAAAUGUUUUAUUAACACGCUGCAUUCUGUUUAACUCUCCUGUCACAAAUUGGCCUAUCAAUGAGCCGCCCACAAUCUAGUUAACUUGCGUUAUGUGAGAUUAUAAACAAAACAACAAAAACAUCUUUAUAUUAAAUCAAGUGUUACUUACUACGUUAUUUUUAUAUUAAUCACAAAACAACAACAACAAAAAAUACAAUAAGCCCCCAAAAACUUUGGAAACGAAACAAAACAAAACAACAAAUAUUCUUGAUACAAAACUUCAGCAGCAGCUGCAAAGCAAUAGAGGGCCACAAGAAAAGGAAUAUUCAACAAUGAUGCUAAUCGGAAAAGAAGCCUAAUCCUUUUUCCCUGCUCUUACACGAACUUACAUAUAUAAGAAAAGCAAAGCAAAAGUUUAUUCUCCUUUUUUGUAGUCAGAUUUCAAACAACAACAAUUAUAUUUAAACAAGAACAACAAAAA